AUGGCAGUCGCUGCUUCGCUUCAGAUGGGCCUCUUCACCGAAGUGGCCUCCAAAGAGCUUCCGGAGCCGGAGAGGCUCUAUCGAAGGCAGCUGUUUUCAGUGCUGAAUAUGAUGGACACCUACGUCACCACCGCACUUGGCCUUCCACGUACGCUUCGCGACGUAAAGUCCGAUCACCUCAUGCCCAGCCCAUCGACGCCACGAGGCAUGAAUGACCCGAUGGCUGGCACUUACGCGCAUGCACAGCUCAUUCAGAUCUUGGCCAGCGCUGUGGAGUCGAACCAUCCAGUCACACGGCCCAUCAGUCAGAAGAACGGAUUCUAUGGCGUUGAAUAUGGCAAGAUAACCACAACCGAAGAACAGCUGGAGGCUUGGUUCAACAACCUACAGAAUCCGGCUGAUGUAGCGACACCUGAAGGCACUAUGCUGAUGCGAUCUCAGCUGCUCUUGCGUCUGGCCUACGCCCAUGUCCAGAUGGUUCUGUACCGACCAUUCCUGCAUCACGCCUUGAAGAACAUGCGGAGCAAUAGCCCAGUUAGCCUCAAAGCCUAUGCUUGUGGUAGCUCCUGCAUCAAGGCCUCGAUGCAGGUCGUCUGGCUCGCCGAGACUCUCGAGUCAUACAACCUCUUCAACGAAGCGCACUGGUUCACCACACUGAUUGUGUCAUUCACCGCCGCCUGUCUGGUGCUUUUUGUCAUGAGCAAUGAAGGCGACCCAACCUUGAGCGAGACAGAAGACGCGGUCCGCCGUAUCAAAGGGUUGUGCUACCGGCAUAGCCACCAAAACCCUAGCAUGGCAAGAUGCUAUCGCUUCUUGGAGAGCUUGCAUCCAAGCGAGCCCACGCCGGAGGUGGAGAAAUUCAACCCCUUCAAUGCCUGGAGCAGAGAGAUCUCCAGCACUUUCAAUGAGGCAUACAGACUGCCAGACGACGUCGGACUCGAGGGCCAACAGCUCCAAGGCGAAGACCUGGUUCAAGCGCUGAACCUGCCGCAGCUGAGGAGCUUUGUCAACAACCGAAUCUAG